AUGAUUACCAGACUUCGAAGUCCCGAUAUAUGCUUUCUAAUAUCCUGCAUUAUCCUAUAUGUUCAUAAUCCCAUUCCUGUAAACUCUCAUGGACGUCUGAUGGAUCCGCCUUCUCGAAAUAGUAUGUGGCGGUUUGGAUAUCCGAAUCCUGUUAAUUACAACGAUAACGAGCUCUUUUGCGGAGGAUACGCAGUGCAAUGGGUACAGAACAAUGGCCAAUGCGGAAUUUGCGGCGAUGCUUAUCACCUGAACGAGCCAAGACCGCACGAAGCAGGUGGCGACUACGCGAGAGGAACUAUUGUUAGACGCUACACGAGCGGUCAGGAUAUUGAUGUCGAGGUUGAACUUACGGCAAAUCAUUUGGGAAGAUUCGAAAUGUACCUCUGUCCAACCAAUAAUCCAAGAAACGAAGCGACCCAAGAGUGCUUUGACAGGUAUCCUUUGUACAUUACCGGAACUCGAGACGUUCGCUUCGAAAUACCACUAGAUACCGAAAAAAAAGCUAUAUUUCGGUACAGUGUUACUUUGCCAUCCUACGUCACCUGUUCUCAAUGUGUGAUACAAUGGAAUUAUUACACCGGCAACAUGUGGGGUAUUUGUGAAAAUGGAACCGAGGCUAGCGGCUGUGGUAGACCAGAAACGUUCCGAAAUUGCGCCGACGUUAGCAUCGUUACGAGCACAGCAGGCGUGCCACCACUCUUCGUGCAGCAGGAUAAUCCCUUUUUGCUUUAUUACAAAGAUUAUAGUUCUCCGAACAAUAUAUUCCCAUUGGUCGUUAGGUCUCAGAUUUGCAUGCCCACUCCCCUUUACCGACGUAUACCGGGAAUGGGUGACUGGUGUCAAAAUAAUUGUCUUCGUUAUCCACCGAACUGUCCAUCGGCUAUCUGUCAAUGCCCGGAAGUGUGCGAUGCGAUCGGAGAAAUAGCUGGCAAGGAAGGAGCAAGUGUUUAUUGUAUGGACAAAUGUCUCGUUUAUCCACCCAACUGUCCUCUUCAUCGAUGCCACUGUUAUUGA